GAGCCACGCUGCCCGCUGCCCGCUGCCCCACCAUGGCAGGGGACCGGCUUCCACGGAAGGUGAUGGAUGCCAAGAAGCUGGCUAGCCUGCUGCGUGGUGGGCCCGGGGGCCCUCUGGUCAUUGACAGCCGUUCCUUUGUGGAGUACAACAGCUGGCACGUGCUGAGCUCCGUCAACAUCUGCUGCUCCAAGCUGGUGAAACGGCGGCUGCAGCAGGGCAAAGUGAGCAUCGCGGAGCUCAUCCAGCCAGCCGUCCGCAGCCAGGUAGAAACCACUGAACCUCAGGACGUGGUGGUCUAUGACCAGAGCACCCGGGACGCCAGUGUGCUGGCCGCAGACAGCUUCCUGUCCAUCCUGCUCAGCAAGCUGGACGGCUGCUUUGACAGCGUGGCCAUCCUAACAGGGGGCUUUGCCACCUUCUCCUCCUGCUUCCCCGGCCUCUGUGAGGGCAAGCCUGCUGCUCUGCCAUCCAUGAGCCUCUCCCAGCCCUGCCUGCCUGUUCCCAGUGUGGGCUUGACCCGAAUCCUGCCUCACCUCUACCUGGGCUCUCAGAAAGAUGUGCUGAACAAGGAUCUGAUGACCCAGAAUGGAAUAAGCUAUGUUCUCAAUGCCAGCAACUCCUGCCCCAAGCCGGACUUCAUCUGCGAGAGCCGCUUCAUGCGCAUUCCCAUCAACGACAACUACUGUGAAAAGCUGCUGCCCUGGCUGGACAAGUCCAUCGAGUUCAUCGAUAAAGCCAAGCUGUCCAGCUGCCAAGUCAUCGUCCACUGUCUGGCCGGCAUCUCCCGCUCUGCUACCAUUGCCAUCGCGUACAUCAUGAAGACCAUGGGCAUGUCGUCGGAUGAUGCCUACAGGUUCGUGAAGGACCGGCGCCCCUCCAUCUCCCCCAACUUCAACUUCCUGGGUCAGCUGCUAGAGUACGAGCGGAGCCUGAAGCUGCUGGCCGUCCUGCAGGGAGACCCGGAGCCCCUCCCGGGCCCGGCUGCGGGCGUCCCGCUGCCCCGGCUGCCCCCAUCUACCUCAGAGAGAGCCGCCACGGGGGGCACCGCCGCCGGGGCGGCCGUGGAGGGCGGCGGGGAGGCCGUGGCCGCCCCCCCGGCCACCAGCGUGCUGCAGCAGGGCCUGCGCGGCCUGCACCUCUCGGCUGACCGGCUGCAGGACACCAACCGCCUCAAGCGCUCCUUCUCCCUGGACAUCAAGUCGGCCUACGCCCCGAGUGGGCAGCCGGACUGUCCCGGGCCCCCGGACCCCGGUGAGGCCCCAAAGCUCUGCAAGUUGGACAGCCCGUCGGGGGGCGCGGCCGGCCUGCCCUCCCCGAGCCCGGCCGACAGCCCCAGCCCCGGCCCGGAGGGCGGCGCUCCAGAGGCCCGGCCCCGGCCCCGCCGGCGCCCGCGGCCCCCUGCUGGCUCCCCAGCGCGCUCCCCUGCGCUUGGCCUGAACUUCGGGGACGCGGCCCGUCAGACUCCGCGCCAUGGCCUCUCCGCCCUGUCGGUGCCCGGGCUGCCUGGCCCCGGCCAGCCAUCCGGGCCCGGGGCCUGGGCGCCGCCCCUGGACUCCCCGGGCACGCCGUCCCCCGACGGGCCCUGGUGCUGCAGCCCCGAGGGCGCCCAGGGCGCGGGGGGCGCCCCCCGGUUCCCGGCCUCGGCCUUUGUCCGGGUGGGCACACCGGGGCCCGGGAGCAGCGGCAGCGGCGGGGACCUGCGGCGGAGGGAGGCGAGGGCAGAGCCCCGGGAUGUGCGGACCGGCUGGGCCGAGGAGCCAGGCCCCGAGGCGCAGUUCAAGCGGCGCAGCUGCCAGAUGGAGUUCGAGGAGGGCAUGGCCGAGGGGCGCGCGCGCUCCGAGGAGCUGGCAGCCCUGGGCAAGCAGGCCAGCUUCUCGGGCAGCGUGGAGGUCAUCGAGGUGUCGUGAUCUCCACGUCGUGACCUCCGCGGGCCCUGCGUGCGCAUGCCAGGGCCAGGAGAGGUAAAUGGUUCUGACCGCCGUUUUUAUGGAGACGUGACUAUUUCGACUUUUUUUUUCUAAUUUAUUUAAGCUGUUCACUCUGGCCGUGAUUUGGAGGCAGUGCAGGGCGGUCCUCGAGCUCUGUUUUUACUGUCUGGUAUUUAAACUGAAAUACACGUGUCUAAGCAAUAUGAGGCCACCUUCAGUCCCAAGCGGGGCUGGGUGCCAGACCCCGGCCCCUGCUUGCCUCUUGCCCGGAGAGGGGCAGGGGGAGACCAUUACUGACCUUGCAAAGAGCUGCCCGGCUUCCUGCACUUUUUACAUAAAAGAAAAUUUAAAAAAGAAAAAGAAAACCUUUGCCACAACUGAGCCGCAGAACCUCCCUUCCCACCCAUCGUCCCCUCUCCUCUCCUCUGCCUAUCUUCUUCUCUCUUGUCUCGGGCUCUGCACCAAAGCCAUAGGUAAGGGUAAGGCAGUCCUGCUGUGCUGUCUGAGUCUCCCCGGGCCUUCCCCACGAGCUCAGGGGCCACGCCUCAGCAAAGUGGAGGCCCCCUCGCUGUCCUUCACCCCAGAGCUGUGCCCUGGCUGAUGUUGACAGACAGAGGCCCUGUGGGGCCAGGGAGCUUAGCAAAGCAGGUUCCUAAGAGUCAGAAGACGCAGACCCCAGGGUGAGGAUGGGGCGGAAAGGCCCCUGCUCCUGCCUGAGACAGGUCCAGGUCUUCAGAAUGGCCCAGAGAGGCCGUUCAGAGGAAGCACACCCUUCUUGCUCCUUGGCAGGUGCCCCCAACCGCCCCCCUGCCCAUAUGAAGCACAGGGAAAGCUCACUUGGCCAAGGAGCAAGGCAGGCCUCGGAGCAAGGCAAGCUCGUGCCAACUCCACGGGCCCAGGAGUAAGGGCAUGGAGCCAGGGCCUGGCCUAGGCUCUUUCCCCAACCCGGUGCCAGCCCCAGGCAGGACUUGGAAUCCAGGGGCACAGCUGAAGCUUGGGGGUCUCAUGGGCAGGCCUGCCCUGCCUUGCAUAGGGAGUUAGGCUCCCACCUGGCUUAGGAAAGUCCGUUUGAGGCAGAGGACUGUGGAAGCAUGUGCCAGCGGCGUGCCCAUGUCAGCCUGAUCUUCAGGGCACCUCUGUGUGUCCUUGCCCAGAGUGCACUCCCAAACCCUCCAGGGGGUCGGCCAGCCUCCGCCCCAGGUGGCGCUUUUUGGCCCCGUAGGACCAAUCGGGGAGUGAAGGCAGGAGAGAAUUCCCAGCCGCCCCUGCUUUCCCAGCGAGAAGGGCCCAGGAGGCUGGGUCGCCUGGAGCCCAAGGCUUUGGGGCGGGAUAGAGGUCCCUGCUCCUCAAACAUCUAGUGGGGCCAUCACGUUGGGAGGAAGCUAGGGGCGGGCAGGUGGCAGGACUGAGUCCAGGAGCAGGCCUGGGUGGCGCUGCCUGCCCCUGCUGCCUCCUCACUGUGUCCCUUUAUUUGUUCUUCUUUUGACCCCCAGCCCUGUGUUCCUGUCACCCCUUCUUAAGCAAACGUCCUGUUCCACCUCCCUUUGUCCCACCCACCCUGCUCCUUGAGAAAAUAAGCUAUCAUUGUUGUAUUUGCAAUCUAUGGAUUAGAGGUUUAAGUAUUUAUUAUUAUUAUUAUUGGUUAAUUAUUAUUAUUAAUUAUGUAAAUUUGCCUCCUGUCUCUUACGUUGGGUUUCUGAGGUGACCUUGGGUGUGGAGGAUGCACUGGCUCCCCCCUCCUUGCCCUUCACCCCUCUGCUGUCCAGGAGACAGUGCCCUGGGACCACUGGUUGGGCCCCAAACCUCUGGGGCAGGUCCCGUGGCCCCUCCCCUCUCCCUGAUGAAGCAUGCCUUCUCUCCUGAGCACAUUGGGCUCUCCAGCCUCAAUCUGCCCCUGCUCUUUCCACACUGGUCACCCCAAGAUGAACAGCCAAGGCAGGAGAGAAAGUCCAGUCUUAGCUGCCGCCACCUCCAGUGUGUGGAGGGAGGUGAGGCAUGAGACUUCUACCCACUCUCCUAAGUUUGGAGGGCCUGGCAAGCCCUCUCCAAGCCUUUCCAGCCCCUCCUACCCCUUCUGCCUGGCCACCGCCUGGCAUUGGGGCUGCCCAGAAUGGACCUAGCCCCGCCUGUUAUUUGCUGGAAAGUCCAGCAGAGAGAAGUAUCUGGUCCUCUGCCCAAGGCUCCUGGUCCCUGAGGACUGGGGUGCUGGCUCACCCGUCCCCCCAGAACCCGCCCCAGCUAGCCCAGCUGCACUUUCCUCUUCCCUCCUUUUGUAUUUGGAAACAAUGUGUUGU